GAACCGGAGCGGAGCGGUCCGGGCCGUGAGGGGAAAGGCCCCCGUCCGAUCGUCGGCGGUGCCGGAGCCGGAGCCGCCCGCCCCGGCCGGGACGGUCCAGGGCCGGCGGCGACGAUGGGCGGGCCGGGCCUCCCGUACGCCGUGAUGCUGCUGCUGCUGCUGCUGCUGGGGCCGGGCCGCGGCGCCGGGGCCAAGCUGGCCGAGUUCGAGGACGGCGCCGACGACCUGGCCGACUACGACGACAACGACUUCGCCGAGUUUGAGGACGGCGGGGAGGAGGCGGGCCCGGGCGCGCCCCAGCGCCCGGCCGCCCCCGACGAGGACGAGGACGACGACGACGAGGACGACGAGGCCACCGUGGAGCUGGACGGGCCCGCCGACCACCGGGACGACUUCGAAGACGCCGACGGACAGGAGGGAGACACGGAGAGCGAGCCUUACGACGACGAGGAGUUCGAAGGUUACGAAGACAAACCGGACGUGUCCCCCGGCAAAAAUAAAGAUCCCAUCACCAUCGUCGACGUCCCCGCACACCUGCAGAACAGCUGGGAGAGUUACUACAUGGAGAUCCUGAUGGUGACGGGUCUGCUGGCCUACAUCAUGAAUUAUAUCAUCGGGAAGAAUAAAAACCAUCGCCUGGCCCAGGCCUGGUUCAACACCCACCGGGAGCUGCUGGAGAGCAACUUUGCCCUCGUCGGGGAUGAUGGGACCAACAAAGAAGCCACAAGCACGGGGAAGCUGAACCAGGAGAACGAGCACGUCUACAACCUGUGGUGUUCAGGCCGUGUGUGUUGCGAGGGCAUGCUUAUUCAGCUCAAGUUUCUCAAGAGACAAGACCUGCUGAACGUCCUGGCGCGGAUGAUGCGGCCAGCCUGCGACCAAGUGCAAAUCAAAGUGACGGUGAACGACGAAGACAUGGACAGCUACGUGUUCGCCGUCGGGACGCGGAAGGCGCUGGUGCGGCUGCAGAAGGAGAUGCAGGACCUGAGCGAGUUCUGCAGCGACAAACCCAAAUCCGGGGCAAAGUACGGGCUUCCCGACUCCUUGGCCAUCCUGUCGGAGAUGGGCGAAGUCACCGAGGGAAUGAUGGACACCAAAAUGGUGCACUUCCUCACGCACUACGCCGACAAGAUCGAGUCCAUCCACUUCUCGGACCAGUUCUCCGGUCCGAAGCUCCUGCAGGAGGAAGGGCAGCCCCUAAAGCUGCCGGACACGAAGAGGACGCUGCUGUUUACAUUUAACGUGCCCGGUUUAGGGAACACGUCCCCGAAGGACAUGGAGGCUCUGCAGCCGCUGAUGAACAUGGUGAUCUACUCCAUCGACAAGGCCAAGAAGUUCCGGCUUAACAGAGAAGGCAAGCAGAAGGCCGACAAGAACCGGGCCCGGGUGGAGGAGAAUUUCCUGAAGCUGACUCACGUGCAGAGGCAGGAGGCCGCCCAAUCCCGCCGGGAGGAGAAGAAGCGGGCCGAGAAGGAGCGGAUCAUGAACGAGGAAGAUCCCGAGAAGCAGCGCAGGCUGGAGGAAGCGGCUCUGCGGCGGGAGCAGAAGAAGCUGGAGAAAAAGCAGAUGAAGAUGAAGCAGAUCAAAGUGAAAGCCAUGUAGAGUCACGGCAGGGAGCCGGGCCGCGCGGAAACCCGGACGGCACGGGGUCCCCAAAACGCCGUCGGCCCCCGGGCUCCCUCGCCCCUCUGGGCCGGUCCAGCAAGCCGGGCCCUCCGCCUCGGUAUUUUUCUUCCGGAUAAUUGCGACGUAUUUUUUUAAAACAAAACGCCGGCGAGCGCCUCGGGUUUCGUUUCGAACCGUCCCGCGACCCGCCGGCGCGGUGUCCGCGCUCUGCCGACGCCAAGCCCGCGGGGAAGCGGCGGGCGGGCAGGGUCCCCGAACCGGGCCGAGGGGCCCAACUCUAAACCGAGAUCCUUCCAAAUCGAAACUGCACAAUAAAAUUGGUGUUCCUCUUC